AUAUGUCCGUAUUUUAUGGUAUUAUUAUAAUUUUUACAUAUGAUAAUAAUUAACAAAAUAACCAACACGCACACAAACCAUCAAUUUCUUGUGAGGCGAGUUAAGUGACAUAAAUAAUGCUUUCACAACUGGGUUUAUGGCACAUGCAAUUCAUGUAUUUAUUCGCAAGGAUAGCUAGCAGUGGCUUGUGUUUUAGGUUAAGUACCACUGUAUACAAAGAUAACACGCAAUAAAAUUGAAAUGUUGCCAAAACGUGGUGUUAUAAACUUAGGGAUGUUUACGUCCAGAUUUACGGUGAUUAUGUUAUUGGUUCUUUACAUGUUGAUUAGCCGGUAUGUAGAAGCAACCGCAGGUUCGUGCGAUUUGUGUCCAACUGGCGUAUGUGACUCGCGGGGAACUUGUUUAAAAAUAUGUGAAGAUGACAUGAAAUUUAACGACGGGGAAUGUGUCGGACCAUGUGACGUCACUUGUAGUGGCGCCACGUGCCCGGGGCCGAACUGUGUCACGUGCCAGGGUAACAUGUGCAUCACGUGUAGACCGGGUUUCUACGGCGCUCGAUGUGAUCAAGUUUGCACGACUACAUGUAAGAUCAAUGGCGAAUGCCAUAAGACGGAGGGAGUGUGUUUGCUUAAUUGCCCACCCCUGAACAUUCUCCACGCAGAGCAAAAAGGUACAAACAGAGCUGUGGGGAGUGUGGUGAAGAUUUCAUGCGGGGAUAGGCACCGCCUCGAUGGAAACGCAAAGAUCACAUGUAAACCAGAUGCCACGUGGUCAGACCUGCCUUCGUGUUCAGAUGGGGAAACGUGGCACAUCAUUACUGCAAGUAUCGUGAUAGCUUUUGUGAUGCUAAUGGUCCUAGGAAUUAUAGUAAUUGGUCGUUUGUCAAGGCUAUCGGAGAAAAGGCGAAAAAAGGCCGAGGCUAUUGCGAUUGAAGAAACUAUCGAACUCACAUAACCAAUUAUUGUUGUUUAUUGGUGUGUAUACAUAUAUGUACUACGUGUAAAUAACGACCUGCUAUCUUACCUAUGUAUAUCGAAUGAUUUCGUGUAUAUCAAAAGGUUAAUUCUUUGCAACGAGAAGUAAAUGUUGUACAUAAAAUAACAAAUAAACCUUUUUUCAA